UGUUGAUUGGCUAGGAGGAGCGGCUUUCCAAGGCCCGGCCAAUGGAGCUUAGGCUUGGCUGGGACUGUGAGUGGCGGUUGAGGAAGCCUAACCGCCAUGUUUAGCCGUGAUGGCCGGAGCUGCUGGCCGGGUCGAGGCCGAGCCCGGGCCCAAGCUCGGAACCCACUUUCCUUGCCCUUGAGUGGCUUGAGCAACCUGCAUCUUAAGGAAGAGAAAAUCAAACCAGAUGCCAAUGGUGCUGUUGUUAAAACCAGUGCUAAUGCAGAGAAAACAGAUGAAGAAGAGAAAGAGGACAGAGCUGCUCAGUCUUUACUCAACAAGCUGAUCAGAAGCAAUCUUGUGGAUAACACCAACCAAGUAGAAGUCCUACAGAGGGACCCAACCUCCCCUCUCUACUCGGUGAAGUCUUUCGAAGAGCUUCGCCUGAAACCACAGCUUCUCCAGGGAGUCUAUGCCAUGGGUUUCAACCGCCCAUCCAAAAUACAAGAGAACGCAUUGCCUCUGAUGCUUGCUGAACCCCCACAGAACUUAAUUGCCCAAUCUCAGUCUGGUACUGGUAAAACAGCUGCCUUUGUGUUGGCCAUGCUCAGCCAAGUAGAGCCUGCAAACAGCUAUCCCCAGUGUCUCUGCCUCUCUCCUACCUAUGAGCUUGCUCUUCAAACAGGAAAAGUGAUUGAACAGAUGGGCAAGUUUUACCCUGAAUUGAAGCUAGCUUAUGCUGUUCGAGGCAAUAAAUUGGACAGAGGUCAGAAGGUCAGUGAGCAGAUUGUCAUUGGCACCCCCGGGACCGUCCUGGACUGGUGCUCCAAGCUGAAGUUCAUUGACCCCAAGAAGAUCAAGGUGUUUGUUCUGGACGAGGCUGACGUGAUGAUAGCAACUCAGGGCCACCAAGACCAGAGCAUCCGCAUCCAGAGGAUGCUGCCCACAAACUGCCAGAUGCUGCUCUUCUCUGCCACCUUUGAAGACUCAGUGUGGAAGUUUGCCCAGAAGGUGGUCCCAGACCCCAACAUCAUCAAACUUAAGCGUGAAGAGGAGACUUUGGACACCAUCAAACAGUAUUAUGUCGUUUGCAAUAACAGAGAGGAGAAGUUCCAGGCCCUGUGCAACCUGUAUGGGGCCAUCACCAUCGCCCAAGCCAUGAUCUUCUGCCAUACCCGCAAAACAGCUGGCUGGCUGGCAGCAGAGCUCUCCAAAGAGGGCCACCAGGUGGCUCUGCUGAGUGGAGAGAUGAUGGUGGAACAGAGGGCGGCUGUGAUUGAGCGCUUCCGAGAAGGCAAAGAGAAGGUCCUGGUGACCACCAACGUGUGUGCCCGUGGUAUUGAUGUUGAACAAGUGUCUGUGGUCAUCAAUUUCGACCUUCCUGUGGACAAGGACGGGAACCCAGACAACGAGACCUACCUGCACCGCAUCGGGCGCACGGGCCGCUUUGGCAAGAGGGGUCUGGCCGUGAACAUGGUUGACAGCAAGCACAGCAUGAACAUCCUCAACAGAAUCCAGGAGCAUUUUAAUAAGAAGAUAGAAAGAUUGGACACAGAUGAUUUGGAUGAGAUCGAGAAGAUAGCCAACUGAGCAGCUUCACCAGCGACUGGCGCCCCCCUCAGCACUGUCCCUGCCUGGGAGCCUAGUGCUUUCAUGGCAUAGGCCUGGACAGGCGGCACCUCAAAGACCAAGGCCUGAGUAGAGACUACCUACCUCAUUCAGAAUUACGUUUGGACUUGACAGAAAUUUGUACAAAUGAUGGGGGAUGGUAGAAAAUUUGUUUACACAACUUUGGAAGAUUAGGCAUGAAUACACAGAAAUUUACCUUUUAGAA